UAACUGAAGGGCGAAGUACUGUAGCUGUUAAAGGCUUUUGAAGACAGCUUUCCAACCCAAUUUAUCUCCCCUUGCAGCUGCAACAACAUCAUGGCUCGAGCAAAACAGGCAAAAAAGUUUGCACAAGUCAAAAGAGUUCUUAAUCUCAGAGACUCAAGAAUUCAAGGGAAAGGUCGUGACCUGAGUAAGAAGAGAAAACAGAAGAAAAAAGGGAAAGACCAAUCUGUUAACAUGACUCAGAGGAACUUGCCACAGGCAUCCACAGCAUUAUACUUCCGAUACAAUACACAACUAGGACCACCAUAUCAUGUAUUGAUUGAUACCAACUUUAUCAACUUCUCUAUAAAGAAUAAAGUUGAUAUUAUACAAGGCAUGAUGGAUUGUCUGUAUGCAAAAUGUAUACCAUACAUCACAGACUGUGUUCUUGCAGAAUUGGAGAAACUGGGAUCCAAAUACAGAGUUGCACUCAGGAUUGCACGAGAUGCACGGUUUGAGAGAUUACCUUGUUUACAUAAAGGAACAUACGCUGAUGACUGUAUUGUACAAAGAGUAAUGCAGCACAAAUGCUACAUUGUUGCAACAUGUGAUAAAGAUUUGAAGAGAAGAAUUAGAAAGAUACCUGGUGUACCUAUAAUGUACCUUCAACAACAUAGAUAUUCAAUAGAAAGAAUGCCAGAUGCAUAUGGUGCACCUAAAACAUAAUGAGGGUAACUGGCUGAAUUUUUGUGUUAAUCAUCUGUAAAUAAACUAUUUGUUGCACUCA